AUGGCAACGGCAGAAUCAGAUUUUGAGAUGAGGGUUGUCCUUCUGGGGAACAGCUGGUCUCAACAGAAUUCAGUGGGAAACUUAAUGAUGGGCGGGAAAGUGUUCGAGGCAGACAAAGAUCCACACUUUCAGUCAGUCAGAGGACGGUGGAGGGAGAACAAAGUAAUAACCGUCAUCAACACUCCUGAUCUGCUGCUUUCCAAAAUCUUUGAUGAUAAACUGAAAAGACAUUUGGAAAAAUGUGCUAGACUCUCUGCACCUGGACCUCAUGUAUUCCUGCUGGUUCUACAGCCUGAAGACUUCACUGAGCAACACAAACGGAGGCUCUGCAGAGUCCUUCAACACUUUGGUGGUCAGUCAUUUGAUCAUUCACUGGUUCUGAUCUCAACACCCAGUGAGAAGAGUUUAGGCUACAAUCAUAUGAUCAAUCCACACUUACAAGAAAUAAUUACACUGUGUGGAAACAGAUACUUGAUGCAGGAGAACCUUGAACAUCAAGAGCUGGAAACACAUUUGGAUCAAAUUUUUGAAAAAAAAAACAGAGAGCAUCUGAGCCUGAAUCCUUUCAAGGACCAAACAAAUGCUGGGUUCAUUAUGUCACCAAAGUCUGAACAUAACAAGUCAGCUUUAAACCUGGUUCUGUUUGGGAGGAGAGGAGCAGGGAAGACUUCAGCAGCUGAGGCCAUUUUAGGUCAGACAGAUCUUCAUUCAGUCUCCAGCUCAUCAGAGUGUGUUAAACAUCAGGGUGAGGUGUGUGGACGUCGGGUUUCCCUGGUGGAGCUUCCUGCCCUGUAUGGAAAACCUCUGGAAGAAGUGAUGGCGGAAUCGUUCAGAUGCAUCACCCUCUGUGAUCCUGAGGGUGUCCAUGCCUUCAUCCUGGUCCUACCUGUGUGUCCACUCACUGAUGAAGACAAGGAAGAGUUUAAGACCUUCCUAAGCACAUUCAGCUAUCCAGUCAAUGACUUCACCAUGGUUCUGUUCACUGUCGAGUCAGAUCCGUCAGAUUCAGCAGUUGUCAACUUUGUACAGAAAAACAAAGACAUCCAGGAUCUCAUUCAGAGAUGUAGAGGAAGUUUUGUUCUCAACAACCGUGAUCAGCAGCAGAUUCAAGAGCUGUUUGACAAUCUAGAGAAACAUAAACCUGGGAUUAAAAACAAACUACUCAGCUACACAACAGAAACAUUGAGACACGCCCUCAUAGAAAGGGUCGACACACUACAGGUGGAGCUUAAGGACCUGAAAACAACAAGGAUAACCAGACGUGGUGAUGAUGAGAAGCUGAGUCAAGAAGGUCUCAGGAUUGUGCUGAUAGGGAAGACUGGCUGUGGGAAGAGCUCUUCAGGAAACACCAUUCUGGGAAAAAAGACAUUUAUGUCUAAACUAGGCCAAAAGUCUGUCACCAAGCAUUGUCAGAAAGAACACUGCGAGGUGGAUGGACGUCCAGUCACUGUGGUCGACACUCCUGGUCUGUUUGACAAUAGCUUGUCUAAUGAAGAGGUUUAUGAAGAGCUGAUUAAAUGCAUCAGUCUUCUGGCUCCAGGACCACAUGUCUUUCUGUUGGUGUUAAAUAUCUGCAGAUUUACACCAGAGGAGAAGGAGACAUUACAAUUCAUCAAGAAAGGCUUUGGGAGGAAUGCUGACAAGUUCACCAUCGUUCUUCUAACUGGAGGAGAUUCAUUAAAGCAUGAGAACAUGUCCACUGAAGAAUACAUUGCAACAGGAUGUGAUGAAGCCUUUAAGAAACUGAUUGCUGACUGUGGAGGAAGAUACCACGUGUUUGAUAACCGUGAUGACAAAAACAAAACUCAAGUCAGUGAGUUGAUAACUAAGAUUGAAGAAAUGGUGAGAACUAAUGGAGGCAGCUGCUACACCAAUGAGAUGCUGAUAGAAGCUGAAGCCGCUAUAAAGAAAGAAACGGAGAGGAACCUGAAAGAGAGGGAAGAAGAGAUGAAGAGAGAGAUGGAAGGACUUAAAAUAAAACAUGAAGAUGAAAUGAAAGCCAUGAAAGAACAAAGAGCAGAAACUGAAAAGCAGAGAAAGAUCAGGGAAAAACAACUUGAGGAAAACAUCAACAAAGAAAAAGAAGUGAGAAGGAAAGAACAGAAAAAAAGAGAAGAACAAGACAUGAUGAGAAAACAAAAGGAAGAAAUUCAAAGACAGGACUGGGAACAGAAAUUUGCCAUUUUGGAAAAAAAGAAACAGUCAGAAUCAGAGCAAGAUGACACCAUUGACCGAAGGCUGGAGGAAGCUAGAGAAGAACUGAAAAAAGAAAGAGAUAAGUGGGAGAAAAAACUUAAAGACUGGUGGGCGGAUCGAUUUCAGGAAAAUGAACAGAUACGACAUGAGGAAGAAAUCAAACGAAAAAAGCUCCAAGAGGAAUACAAAAAGGAGAGAGAAGAGAAUGAAAGGAAAAGACAAGAAGAGGACCGAAUCGGAAAGCAACAAAAGGAAAAAGAGAAAAAAGCCUUUGAGGAAAAAUAUAACAGUCUGAGGAAAACCUAUGAAGAGGACGCCAGGAAGAAAGCUGAAGAGUUCAAUGACUUCAAACAGAAAUGUGCAGCUCUGAAGCAGGAGCUUGAGAAACAGAUGGAAGAACGAGAUGAGAGCUACAGUUCAGGUGUCGUGGUGAUGUGUGGAUUGAAGGCAUAUCACUGA